GUGACCAAUGUUCCCACUCGGGUUUAGGGUUUAGAGUAGUUGGGGCUAAUUUCCGCUCGGUGGUGGCCGUCUAGAUUAAGUACCCCUCAACUUUUUUUCAGCCGACAGCCGUCGUCAUGUCCAACAACAAUGCCAGCAACAACUUAAUUACCGCUAAAAGGGCCGUGAAGCAGCUCCGGUUAGAGGCCAGUAUCCGGAGGAUCAAGGUGUCCCAGGCUGCUGCUGAGCUGAGGAACUUCUGUCUCCAAAAUGCCUCCAAGGACCCCCUCCUGGUCGGGGUCCCCUCCAGUGAUAAUCCCUUCAGACCCCCCAAGUCCUGUUCUCUGUUCUGAGCAGAAAGAAAGGUGGAGGAUUUCUGAAUUUACCCGUCGAAGGCUUUCUUUUCUUCUACUUGAUGUUGCGGUCGAUCGACCAGCAGCUCCUCUUGGGAUGAUGCACCAUGGGACUGAUGGG